AUGUCGACUUUAACUAAGCCUUCCAUAAAAUAUCAACCUCCGGACUGGUUCACAAACUCAUUCGCCAUAAGUGCUAAUUCUCAACGUCAGAGAGAAGCUUCAGAACAAAUUCGUCAAGAAACGCGUUCUCUGCGACUUGCUGCCGCCCUGAGAACGAAAUGGGAUGAAUUUAAUAAUACCACUAGAUUGGCAGAUCGAAUAGAUGCUAUCAAAGACUUUAGGGAUAUUUUGGAACUUGCCCACUUACAGUUGGAUGAAGAAAUAUCAAUGGUUAACUUAGGCAAAGAUGCACUCGAGGAGCAAAUGAAAAAUAUAAUAACCCCGAAAGAAUGUGUUACAGAAUGCCUAGCUCUCCGAGACAGACGUAAAAGAAUAGAUUAUGUUGAAGAUGCACCAGAAGCUCAAUUGAAAAAAGAAAAGGAGUUGAUUGACAAAUCUCAUAAAAGGCUUCAACAGAAGGUGGAUGAAGCAUUUGAACAAAUGCUCCUUUUAAAGGAAGCCAGGGGUCAAGUUCUAUUGGAUUUACAAGACAAACAUGCUGCCAUGGACAUUGAUAUUCAGCAGUAUAAACUGAAGCCCACCUGUCCAGGUGUUUCUUUCAAGCCAAACCCAACACGAAUUCCUAAAGGAACAACUACACCACAACAAUGGGAAGAAUUUACAAGAUAUAACUGGCAAAGAGCUCAAGCAGAAAUUCGUGCUGGCCAAAGACUACGGGAAGCAAUAUUUCAAAUGUUAUGUCAAGUAUCCAAUGAUUUAGAAGCUCAAGCACAAGCAACAGAAUUUGCUCUUAGACAAAGGAAACAUGAUAUGGAACAAGCAUUAGAUGAAUUAAAAUGGCAAAAGAAACAGACAGAAGAUGAAAUGGCUGAAAUGGAGAAUGAUUUAGAUCAACUUGAAAAAGCGAUACAUGGUUUAAUACCAGCUGGAAAAUUAGCUCAAACGCGACUUGAAAGACGUACUUACCGGCCAGGUGUUGAAUUAUGCCGUGAUGCUGUACAAUAUGGUCUUACAGAUGAAGUAAAACAAAUUGAAGCGACUAAUGAAGCACUGCUAGAAAAACAAAGACAAGCGAGACACGCCUUAGAUGCACUACACAAACAACUCAACCGUAUCAAUGAUGAUAUCGCUAUAAAAGAAGAAAGUUUAAAAAUUGAAACCGACUGUUUAGAUCUACGUGAAAAACGAAUGGAUCGUAGACAACCAGUGAAAGAUUUAGAUCCAAAACGUGUUGAAUCGUAUAAAUCGGAUGAAAAAAUUGUAAAUAAACCACCAACAUUUAUAGAACGUCAUAUGGCGGAGAAAAUUCUUGCUUAA